GGACCUUGGACGGGGAGGGCGGGGGGCUGAGCAGCAGCAGCAGCAGCAGAAAGCUGGGCAAAGGGAAUCGGCGUUGACCCGGGAGGAGCCCCUUGGACGAGGACUUGCUUCCCACCGGCUGUGUCCAAAAUGUCUUCGGAGUCAACUUCAGCCCACCAACGGUCUCCACCUCCCAGGGCUCUCCAUCUGCCAGAAGGCCGCCGGGCCAGAGACCGUUCUCCUUCCCCCAUGAGAGGUUAUCUGAUCCCAAGCCCACUUCCGACUCGGAGGAACCGCACGUUUUCAGCGACGACACGAGCCGCUGAAGGGCCCACCUAUAGUGGGGUGUGUAAAUGCUUCUGCCGAUCCAAGGGCCAUGGCUUCAUCACACCUGGUGAUGGAGGCCCGGAGAUCUUCGUCCAUAUUUCUGAUAUUGAAGGAGAGUAUGUUCCGGUAGCUGGUGAUGAGGUCACCUACAAGGUGUGCAGCAUUCCUCCAAAGAACGAGAAACUUCAAGCUGUAGAGGUCAACAUCACUCACCUAGCUCCGGGCACGAAACAUGAGACGUGGUCGGGACACGUGGUCAACUCCUAGAGGGAGUUCGGAAGCCAUGUUGACUGAAGAGGACUAUUGGAUCGUGUUCAACAACUUAGAGUAGCCAAGCCUGAUGAGUUUUCUGCAGAUUGUGUAAUUGAAAACAGGGUUCCAAAGGUGGCCAGAUUAAACCCUUUUUUAAUAAAAAUAAAAAAAUAGCGCCAUGA